UUUAGAAUUAUAUCUGACUGUUAUCACUAGGGAAGAAUUACCUCAUUCGCUAUUGAUCAUGAUAAGACUAACAAACAACAGUAAACACUCGACAAUAACAUCAUUAGUUUAGCAGUUAAUACUCAUCUACCUACAUUACGAAUUACGAUUAUGUAUAAUAUUUUUUAACUAUAGUCGUACUACUGUCUCUGUGGUAAAGUAAUGAUUAAGCGGUAUUGCAUUAAAUAGUGCGCAUAUAAUUGAUCCUAUUUGCCCUUCUUUUGUUUUUAUUUCUUGAUCUCUUUAUUUGUGUCGUUUGUUACAUAGUUAUUUAUACGUCACAAUAGCACUACAAAAUCGUCGAUUGUGUCUCUUAUAAAUAGUUUGUGAUUCAACGAACAUUUUGUUAUUCCACAAUAUUGAAUGUUCUGAUUACUGUUGUGUUAAAAAAUAUAACUUAAUGUUGAAAAUGACUUUCGCUCAGCUUAUUUUUCUAGUAAUAUUCAUUUCUCAAUUGUACAAUAAUGCAGAAUGCAUAUCAUUUUUCCAUUUUACAUUAGAUCCGCCACCAGUCAAAGACAUUGCUUUGAUGUCCAGGUAUAUUGUUCAUCAUUCAGAUUGGGCAACAUUGUCUUACAUGGGGAAUCAGUCAUUUAUGGACGGUAUGCCAAUGGGUAGAGUAUAUUCAAUUAGUGAUGGAACAAUCAAUAAUAGUUCUGGUGUUCCUUACAUUAUGGCUUCACCAAUGGACUUGUCAUUUCAAGAUGUUGUGAAAACUAAAAACUGUUCUCUUGUGUUAAGUUUAGCACAGUCUGAUUAUUGUAAAAAAAAGUCUUAUGAUCCCGAAGAUCCAAGAUGUGCACAGCUUACAUUGACUGGAAAGUUUGUAAAGUUGGAUAAAACUGAUCCUGAAUGGAAUGUAGCCAAAACUGCUUUAUGGACUAGACAUCCUGUCAUGCGUAAAUGGAAUAUACUUGUACCGGGUCAUCAUUGGGAAUUUGCAAAAUUAAAUAUUGAAUAUAUCACACUUAUUGAUACAUUUGGUGGUCGAAAGUAUCCAACUAUUGCAGAAUAUUUCAAAGCAACUCCAACUUUCAAUUAUUGGCCCAAACCAAGACACUCUGUUAUUACAGUUAAAAAAGAUGUCAUCAUUGAUGAUGAAUUUUAAAAUUGAAUAGGUGCUUAUUUUUAAAUUAAUAUCAUGAAUACCUAUUAUAUUAAAAAUUGCCAAUUAUAACUUAAAGACUGACUUGUGGUAUCAUUCAGAAUUUCAUAGAUAUAUAUUGUAUCUUUUUGUGUUAUAUAUUUAAAACAUUUAAUUUUGGUGAAAUUUUUAUCAUAA